AUGGCUUGUAUUAAUAGUUCAUUAUCAUUAUUUAUGAGUGAUUUUCCAUCAUAUGGUCUUAUUGGUUCUGUAUCUAUUGGUCUUAUUCUUUAUAUAGCAUAUAUAAUUACUUUUAUACGAAAUCAUUAUUUAUCAUCAUCGAAUGUUUAUAUAUAUUUUUCACAAUUAUCACUUUUAUUAUUAUUAAUAUCACCAAUAACAUUUCUAUUUCGAUCAUCAACAUCAAUUAAUAUAAUAUGUUCAACUCAAACAUUAGCAUUACAAAUUUUACCAUUUUGUCUUUUACUUGGUUUUAAUAUACAUUUUAUUUAUGAAUGGUUAUUAAAAAUAGCAGGUCCAAUUCGAAAAACUUUUCUCAUAGCAAUAAGUUCAUUUUUAAUUUUUUUUCUUGCUAUUUUAAUUCAAACAGCUAUUCUUCUUGUUUGGUUUUAUUAUAAUUAUAAUUAUCAAGAAAAACUUGAACAAUGUACAGAUGAAUGUCGUCGACCAUUAUUUCUUUGUUCAUUAUCAUUUAAUUUUUUUCUUUUAUUUCUUUAUUCAUUUCAAUCAAGUAUACGAUAUCAUAUAAAUAAUAAAAAAAAUGAUUUAAUUUAUUUAUUAACAAGUCUUUUAGCUUUAUGUAUUACAAUAAUAUGGAUUUGUUUUUAUUUAUUUAUUCCAUUAAAAUUAUCCUAUACAUUUUAUAUGAAUAAUAGUUAUAUACUUGCUUAUGGGACAUUAUUUUUUGUUUAUACAUUUAUUGGACCAUUUCUAUAUGAACAACUUUUUUAUCAUAAUCAAACUAAUAUAAAUAAUAAAGAUCAUUUGAAUAACAUUAAUAAAAUGACAUUUAAAUGUUUGUCUCUAACAAAAGAGCAACAACGAGCAUUCAUGGCAGCAUAUAUUAAACGUAAUCUAACAGCUUCAUGUGAAAAUCUCACAACAAAAAAUAAUUCAUCAUUUCAACAAUCAAAUCAAACACGUCAUUCAACAUUAAGUGUUGAGAGUUUAUGUCCAACAUUAAUUAGUACUAUUUCAUAUGAAUCACCACAAACAAUAUUACCAACAGGAAUAAAUGAUACAUCAAGUUUUGGUACAAUGGCAAGUGAAUAUUUACUUUUAACAAAUUCAUCUGAUAUGAAAUAA